GCGGCGCGACCCUCCACCGCGGGGCGGACGGACGGCCCCACCGCGACAUGUAACCAUGGACUGCCGCACCAAGGAAAAUCCAGAACGAACGUUUGACUUGGUAGUGAGAGUAAAAUGUCAUGCCUCUGAAAAUGAAGAUCCGGAGGUACUGUGGAAAUUUCCAGAGGACUUUGGAGACCAGGAAGUACUGCAGAGUGUGCCAAAGUUCUGUUUUCCCUUUGAUGUUGAAAGAGUGUCUCAAAAUCAAGUUGGACAGCACUUUACCUUUGUACUGACAGACAUUGAAAGUAAACAGAGAUUUGGAUUUUGUAGACUCACAUCAGGAGGCAAAAUUUGCUUAUGCAUCCUUAGUUACCUGCCAUGGUUUGAAGUAUAUUACAAGCUUCUUAAUACUCUGGCAGAUUACUUGGCUAAGGAACUGGAGAAUGAUUUGAAUGAAACUCUCAAAUCACUCUAUAACCACCAAGUACCAAAAGCAAACACACCUGUCAAUUUGAAUGUGAACCAAGAGAUAUUUAUUGCCAGUGAGCAAGCCCUGAAAGAUCAGCCCUCCCUAGUACCGCAUUCCUACUUCAUUGCCCCUGAUGUAACUGGACUCCCAACAAUACCUGAAAGUAGAAAUCUUACCGAAUAUUUUGUUGCCGUGGAUGUGAACAAUAUGCUGCAACUGUAUGCCAGUAUGCUGCACGAGAGGCGCAUCAUUAUUACCUCCAGCAAAUUAAGCACUUUAACUGCCUGUCUCCAUGGAUCAGUUGCUCUGUUGUACCCCAUGUACUGGCAACACAUAUAUAUCCCAGUGCUUCCUCCACACCUGCUGGAUUACUGCUGUGCCCCAAUGCCAUACCUGAUUGGAAUACACUCCAGCCUAAUAGAGAGAGUGAAAAAUAAAUCUUUGGAUGAUGUGGUCAUGUUAAAUGUUGACACAAACACUUUAGAGUCACCAUUUAAUGACUUGAACAACGUGCCGAGUGAUGUGGUCUCGGCCCUGAAAAAUAAACUGAAGAAGCAGUCUACAGCUACGGGUGAUGGCGUAGCCAGGGCCUUUCUUAGGGCACAGGCUGCUUUGUUUGGAUCCUACAGAGAUGCUCUGAGAUACAAACCUGGGGAGCCCAUCACUUUCUGUGAGGAAAGUUUUGUAAAGCAUCGCUCAAGUCUGAUGAAACAGUUCUUGGAAACUGCAGUUAACCUCCAACUUUUUAAGCAGUUUAUCGAUGGUCGACUGGCAAAACUAAAUGCAGGAAAGGUUUUCUCUGAUGUAUUUGAGGAAGAAAUAACUUCAGGUGGCUUUUGUGGAGGGAAUCCGAGGUCAUAUCAACAAUGGGUACAUACAGUCAAGAAAGGAGGUGCCCUAUUCAACACAGCAAUGACCAAAGCAACUCCUGCUGUAAGAACAGCAUAUAAAUAUGCAAAAAGUCAUGCAAAGCAGGGAAUAAAGGAAGUAAAGAGUAAGCUAAAACACAAGGAAAUUGAGGAAGAUUAUGGGACUUGUUCUGGUUCUGUGCAAUUUACUCCAGUUUAUACAUUACACAAUGAAAAGGGAAGAAACCUAGAAAAACGUAAGCUUUCUCAGGCUCGCUUAAAAAAACCGCUUAAGAGUCUGGAUGGUGUUCUAUAUGAUGAUGAUGAUGACGACGCCAUUGAAAGAGCAAGCAAGUUGUCUUCUGAAGAUGGUGAAGAAACUUCUACUUAUUUUUAUGAAAGUGAUGACUCUGUUGAAACAAAAGUAAAGACUCCUUACUCAGGUGAAAUGGACUUAUUAGGAGAGAUCCUUGAUACAUUGAGCACACAUAGCUCAGAUCAGGGAAAGCUGGCAGCAGCAAAGAGCUUGGAUUUCUUUAGAUCAAUGGAUGAUAUAGAUUACAAGCCUACGAAUAAAUCCAAUGCUCCUAGUGAGAAUAAUCUGGCCCUACUUUGCACUGGUUCUGGUGAUCAAACAGAGUGGCAUCUUGGGCAAGAUGAUAGUGCCCUGCAUGGCAGACACCUCCCUCCAUCUCCCAGGAAGCGGGUUUCCUCUGGUGGUUUGGCAGAUUCCCUGUUUAUGCUGAAAGAGGAAAACAGUGAAAAACACCUCAGUGCUGAUGAUGUGAGUAGCCCUACAGUAGUGGGACAGCCAGCUUCCAAUUCAGGAGUGGAUUUCCCAGAGCUGGCUUUGUCUGAAGUUUCCCAAACUGAUAAAGGAAAAACAGAACAAAAGGAAACACUAAGCCAGAUUUCAGAUGACCUGCAUAUACCCAGCCUUGGGCGACGUUCAUCUACUUUUGUCCCCUGGGAGAAAGAAGGACAAGAAACCACAGAGACUUCAGAAGAUAGUGGACUGCUUCAUGAAGUAGUGUCAUUAUGUCACUUAACACCUUCCUUCCAACAGGACUUAAACAUUUCUGAAGAAAACACAAGUGGAAAACAAGCUUAAUCAACAGUUAGGAGAUGCUUGCAAGCUUCUAUGAAAAUGUAGGAUUCUACAUAAUCCAUAUAGUAAGCAGAGUUCUUUGUAGGAAUGGCAACUCUUACUACUGUUUUAACAGUUAUUUUUCACUUGGAAUAUACAUUUCUCCCACUCAUUCAUCUUGUGGGUAUAUUAUUCACUGAUUUUUAAAUGUAAAGCUAAUUAUUCUACUGUGCUCUGAAAUCAGAUACUAUUUAGUAUUUCUGAUGAAAAUAGCUGUUGAACAUAUGAUUUCCCAGUAUUUGGUGCUUAAUGCCAUUCAUUUAAUUUAAACUAUGCAUAUGAGACCCUUUUACAUAACAAGUAACUGCUAUAUUAACCUGGUUGAGCAUGAAAUGAUGACGAUAUCAAAGCUUGUCACAACUAGCCUAAAACUGCUGAAACUGUUGACCCACUAAUUGCCUUAAUUGUAAGCCUAUAAUAAGCAUAAUUAAUUUAUGGAAUUACUGGUAAAUUUUGAAAGAUAACUUAUAAGGGUUCUGUACAGCAAUAAUGCCUUUUUCUAUUCAUUGAAUUAAGGACAGAAUUCAUUUUUUUUCAAAGUAAAAAGCUCUUUUAUAGACACUGCAGCCAUGUUUUCCAAGAAAUAUAAAGGUACAAAUUUACUGUUCACUCAGUGAAAUAUAUGAAGUGCUGAAUUACAAUGUGAAAUGAAUGACUUUUGUUUACAAGUGACACUUUAAGCAUUUUAUAAUAUCUGUAUGCCUUUGCUAUAUAGGAAUCCACCCCAGUAAGCCAAAUGCAACAGAAACUAUCUUGAUAAAAAAUGUUCCUUUCUCUUUUCCCUAAUUCUCUAUCAAAACACAUCAUUUUAAAUUUACUUCCUAUUUUAGCAGUUAUAGAAUUAUUGAAAAAUUAUGAAGAAAGCAAAGAGAGUUUCCAUAUAUUCCUGUGUACAAUUUCUCCUAUUAUUAUCUUACAUUUAAUAUGGUAGAUUCACCAUGAUUAAUGAAUCAAUAUUGAUAGUCCAUGCUUUAUUCAGAUUCUCUGAAUUUUUCCCUAAUAUCAUUUUUCUGUCCCAGGAUCCUCCCACUCAGGACACCAUUACAUUUGUCUUGUUUCCUUAGAUUCCCUCUUGGUUAUGAAGUUUCUCAUGCUUUCCUUUUUGAUGACCUUGACAGUUGUGAAAUGUGCUAUUUGGGUAUAUUAUAGGAUAUCUCUCUAUUGCAAUUUUUCUGGUAUUUUUCUUAUAAUUACCCUGGGAUUAUGGGGUUAGGAGAGGGAGGUUAUAUAAGAGUCCUUUUCAUCACAUCACAUCAAGGGCACAUACAAUCAAUAUGUGUGUGUUGAUACUAACUUUGAUAACCUAACUGAGGUAGUGUUGGUCAAGUUUUCCCCUGUGCAUUCAUUUCCCCUUCUUUGUCAUAUUGUGGUCUCUGGAUGGAAAUAACUAUGUAUAACCCAAACUCAUGGAGUAGGGGCUUAUAUUUCUUCUUUUUUAGGGAAGAGUAUCUAUGUAAAUUAUUUAGAAUUCUUCUGCAUGGGAGAUUUGUCUCUCCCUCAAAAUCACUGUUGAGCUGUGAAAUUCAUCUGAAAAGGAAUCAUGCAUGGUUGCUUCAUGAUAGGCUAGAUUAACAGGCAUGGUAAGAAAAAAAGUCAUUAUGUUUAAUUUGCUAUUAGCAUGUUCAGUAUAUAUACUCUAUAUAUCUCCAAUAAUGAUUAUUUUUCAACAGUCAUGGAAGUUGUUUUAUUUAAAACAUUGCUUAAGCAAUAUUUACUCAAGUCAGUCUUAAAGAAAUUGACUUAGGUUUUGUUUUGUUUUUCGAAAACUACAUUCCAAAAUCUAAACAGAUAUAUUUUAUUUGAAAAAGUCAUUCAUUCAUGCUUAUAAAAAAGGACAAAUAAUGUUUUUCUUAUAAAGACAUACUGUAUAUAUUAAAGGAAAAAGUAUUUAAUCCUUAUUUUUUAACACAAAAGUAAGACUCAAGGUUAUUGUCAAAUUUUGCCUCUAUAUACUCAUUGUAAAAUUCCAUUUUACUUAAAGUACAUAAUAAAAGAAGCCCGUAUAUUAGAAAACCUGUUUUAAAUGAGAAGGAAAAAUGGUCACUUUGCUUGGGAAGGAUUCCUUCAUAAGUUUCAAAAAGAAUUUAAGGUAGCCUUUUAAAAUGAUUAUUAGAAUGAGGGUUUUUUUUUUUGUUUUAUUUUUUGGUGGUUUGCAUCAGAAUUUGUAGUGUGAAGAAUGAAAUAAAUGUGACUAUAGCAUAGGCAAAAUUUAGGCUUUAGUCCAUUUGUUUAUUAAACAUAGUCUCAGAAAUGUAAAUCCUUUUUCUGUGUUUUAGUCAUCUCAAAAGAUAUUUCACUACUGUGUUUUGGAGAAAUUUAGCCACUCACAAUUUAUGUCAACGUAUUUUAAAGUCUAUUUGUGCCUUAUUUUAACAUACAAAAUCAGAUUUUUAUAGUCCAUGUUAAAAAGAAAACAAAAAGUCUACAUGUUUUUCUUGGAAAAUAUCCAAAAGACUAGCAGCAAGUACUGGAAUUUCGAACCAUUAAAAUUUUGAGUAUUCAAAUUCUGUUCUUAAAGACCUCCCAGUAUUACUGUGGACAUAGGGAGAAUGAAGUAAAAAUAAGGUGAGUUCUGAUAUAAAAGUAUUAUUUUCAACCAUGUUUAUAUUUUCUAUCAUAUGUAAGCCAAAUAUGUGUAAAUCCCCUGCUGUCUAAACAUUUUUUUUUUUUUUUUCAAAUAAGCAACACCUGUUCUACAACAGAAUUGUCUAAAUGACUAAGACUUCACUCUGGCACGUAGUCUUUUAUGUGGCCUCCAAGCAGUUAUGACUCUCCAUGAAACUGCUCUAGCUUUUGUCCUUUUGCCCAGAUACAGCAUCCAUAGCAUUUCAGGGGGAUGGAAGAGGAGAGGAUGAAAUUAGGAGCUAUUUUUUGGUUGUGUAAGUGUUAAGUUGUAUAUUUUUAUGGUUAUUUACUUCAGUAUAUUUUAGAAAGGCACCGAGAUAAUGGCAUGGUUGUUUUUCUGAUUAAAAGUUAAUAACUUAUCCAUUUAAAAAAUACUUAAUGAUUCUUUGUACCAGUUAUAUGCAAGGUAUGGUAACUGAGGGUGUUGGGCAAUAAAAGAAUUGACAAUGUCCCUCCUCUGCAGGAGCUGACCAAAAGGAAAUUGAAUUUAAAUCUCUGUUGCUAAUAAUAAUAAUGGUAAUUAAUAAUAACAAUAAUAAUAAUAUUUUGCUUAGAAAUUUAGUCCAAAAUUCUAACACCAAAAAAAAAAGUUUUAAAAGCUGCUUAAUCUAAAAUGCUGUAAGUAUAGAACCAUAGUACUAUUUCUAAUUUCAUUAACUUUAUUAUUGUACUAAGUAUAAUGAAGCUGCUAUCAAGAUAUCUACUUUAAAUUAAGGACAGAUUCAGAGACUCUUAAAAGCUAAGUGUUUUUUGUUUAUCUGAUCUCUCUCCCACUGUGCUCAUUUAUAUAAUCAGGCAGCAAAGGGCUCUCCCUGAUGGGAUGUUGCUCCUUUGCCAUACAUAGGGCCACUUUACUCAGUUGAAGAUUGGGUGAAGGUGUGGAUGCCUGUGAUGGGAAUUCAAUUUUACUGUGUUUUCUUGAUACCAGCAUUUUCUAGAACAGUUCCCUCCCUUGCCCCUUUAAAAUUAAAAUUGCAUUUGACAGUGCUGUUGUUAGGAGUCUAUGCUAAUAUCCUAAUAAUAGAAUCCAGGAAUGCUAAUGAAUUAGUUGUUUCUUAACUAAGGUGAAGCAGACUACCGGACAAGAGGAAACAAACCCUGAUUAUUCUCAUAAUCAGUAAACCUUCACUGUCUUCUAGAAAAGCUGAAUUUUCAAGAAAAUAUUAUUUUCAUUAAUAAAUUUUCUAAUAUGAAUUUCAUUUUGUUUAGCAUAAAAGACCCUGAUUAUGAGUUGAUAUUUGCAAUCAGAAUAUAAAUUUAAGGUUGUUAAAUGAAUAUCCCAAUCUAAUGCCCCCAAAUCACUUCUGAAUACAGGAAGUAGUUUCUACAAACUUUGUCAAACAUUGUUAGUGUCUGUUCCUUAAAGCUUAUUUAAGAUGCAAAAUUAUUUUGAGAAACCAUUAAACAUUUUGAUUUGAUCAAGAUAAUGAAUUAUGUGCAUAUAGAAAGAAGCAUAUUUUAUUUUGAAUAUGAUUUUGUGCAAUAUUCUUUCAUGAAUAAUUUAGUUCAUAUAAAUAAAUGCACAUCUGCCUUCCUAGCAGAUGCCUUAAGGUCAUGUUUUUCAGUAUUUGUAAAACUGUAUGUAGCAAUGUUCUGUGUGAUUUUUAGAUAAAAAUAUUCUUUCUAUUGUUGGCAGGAUAAAUGUUUUUGUUUAUUUAAAAUAAUUAUGGAUAUUGCAUUAUUGUAUCAUAACUGCCUCAGCAACAAUAAAUAUGCAGUAAGAAAACCUGAACCUUAGAUUAAUAUUGACAAUACUGUCACUUUAAAAUAAAUGUAUAUAGAGCAAGAUGCUGAUUCUAUAUGUGUACAUUUAACAAAUACUCAGUUCUGUAUCACAUCAAUCAAAAUGGCAUUUGUAUGGUUAUGACCACAUAUGUGGAUUAUAAUAUCCUUUGUGAUGAAUCUUUGCUAGGAUUUAUAAAGGGCAUUGCCAAUACUUUUUGACUGUAAAUUAAGUUAAUUUUUAUAUAAUGUACAGUUUGUUUAACCUUAGAGCGUCUAUAGAUUUCUACUUUUAUUAUACUUGAAUGAGGCAGAAAAGCACUGUGGAAAAUCUGUAGCUCUGGAUGCAUUAUGCAAACAUACCAAAAAUAAACAAAUAAAACAUGGUACUGAACAGUAAUGUUACCUGGAUGCUUUAUAUCCAGAAAGCUAUGGUUUUGUCAAAUCAUACUUUAGUUAAUGAAGUAAUUUAAAAUAUACAAUAUUUUAUCUUAAAAGGUUGCAAUCACAAAUGAUUACCUCUUUGAUAGGAUAAACCUCUAAGUUUAUUGUCUGUGUUAUUUCAUUUCUCAGAUGAGAACCUUGUUGAAGUCCCUGAACAAAUCCACCCACUGGAUGAUUAGUACAGAAUGUGAUGUUUAGUACAGAAAAAAACUAGAACUCUGGGUGUGCUAAAUGCACCACAUAUAUCAAGUCACCAUUCUCCAAACAGUAUAACUUCCAUAUGGUUAUUUUGAGAACCAUUAGUAAUCAUAUACCAAAAAUGAUUUUUUUUAAUUUCUUAUGAUUUAUAGGAAUGCCUAAAAGAGCAAAUAAGUAUGAACUACAUGAAGCCUACAACUUAAAAUGUUUAAAGUUUUUUUUUUUUACUUAAAUGGUAUAUUAAAUGUUUGAAAUUGAACUUUUCCCAAGCUGCUUUCUUUUGCUUUAAAGACUUUUCAAAGGGACAAAUUUCAAGCUUUUUGUUAGUCAUGGUGGUGACAAAUAAGAACGUACCCAUCAUUGAGAUUUGCUUCAUUGUUUUUGCAUCCUUGAGGCUACAGUAUAAAUCAUCUCUUAAGUUGACUACUAUUGGAAAGAUGUUGUGUAUAAAAUUAUUGUUUUUUUGGGAAAUAAAAAUAUGCAAAAAUAAACAUUGGAUAAACUACAUAUUGCCAUAAAGUGCCCAACAAUACAGUUGUAAAAUAAAAUUGGUCAUAAUCAAAAAAACUUUGCAUGGUGGUGACUCAUAAUUGUUCCAUUAUCCCCCUCAGUGUUCUGGGUAAGUGAUUCUGUCAUCUCCAUCUCUGAGCUUUGUAAAUGCUGCAGUGUAGACUCAAGCCUAAAUCUCCUUGAU